AUGAGUACAGUAACAUUUACACAACGUCCUCAACGAACAACUGCUGGUAAAACAUCUAAAUAUGCCGAUUUUUCCGUUGUUUCGCUUCCUCAACUGAAGAAACAUGCCAUUAUUAAAACAUCACUUAUCAAUAUUGAUCCACUUAGUCCUGCUGGUGCUCAAUCUGGUAACAUUAAAGCUUUUGGUGGACGAAAAAAGUUAAUGGUUAUUAAAACCGGUACCCAUCAAGAAAUGGAAGAAGUUUCCAGUCGGUUUUCAAAAGAAGCUGGAAGUGAAGAAAUUUUUAUUCCAGAACAUGAAUGUGAACAUCCUCGUGUUUAUGAUAUUCAUCAAAAAACAAUGGAAGAAAAUAUCGAUGAUGAUGACCACGAUGAAUAUUCACCAUCAAUACAUCAAACAAAAAAAUCAACACAAUCAAUGACAACAACUGGAUUCGACAAGGACGAAGACGAUGAUUUUAACCGUAUUUUACCAAAUUCUUCUGGAUCAACAAUUAAAAAAACAGGAAAACGUGAAAACGAAGAGCUGGACAGCAGUUCUCUUUCUGCUUCACCUGUUAGUGAACAUGAAGGUAUGGCAUUUUCUUCAAUUAAAUCAUGUAAAGAAUGUGAAAAUUUGGCUAAUGAAAUUGAUCUUCUUAAAAAACGUGUAUUAAAAUUAGAAAAAGUUUAUGGUCUGAUAAAGAAAAAUUCAAGCUUUGAUCAAACUAAAUCAGCUUCAUCAUCAAAUUCUCAACCGAAUAUGGAUCAAACCACAUUUGAAAAAGUUCAAAAAAUUUGUAAUGUCAAUCCAAACACCUUAAAAUCUCCUAUCAAUCGUCCAACAAAAAUAAUGCGAGAAUUAUAUAAGAAUUCUGGUUUUGAACUUUCAAAAUGGAAAGAUGUUCUUGAUCCAAAUGAACUUGUAUUAAAAGAUUUUAUACAACAAAAAUGUUUAAUUUUGGACGAAGAUAUCUCACAUACUUGGUCCACCAUUAUUAAUUCAAUGACUCAAAUGCCAUAUGAUGCUGUUAAAUACAAGUAACGCUCGUCGCUGCGACUCGCUUAACCCUCGACUGAAUAUAGUCUACUCCUUAUCUAUCGCUUCUCAUGAAAUUAUAUAUUCAGAACUAUCACUUAACGAAUACACGUAUACAAAAAACUUAUACAUUAUUCUUAUAGACGAUCCUCUUGUAAAAAAGACCAACUCUUGAAUAGCGUAUAGAUUUUAGAAUACGUGUGUUUGUUCGACGAUAAUUAUCAAUAUAGAAUUCGAUGAGGAAACGAUGGAUAAUGAGUAGACUAUAUUCAGUCGAGGGUUAAGCGAGUUGCGGCGACGAGCGUUACUUGUUUGUCUGUCUGCGUCAGGGUCAAAAAAACAUCAAGGUCAAAAAAACAUCAAGGGCAAAAAAACAUCAAGGGCAAAAAAACAUCGAGGGCAAAAAAACAUCAAAGAUUAAAGAUUCAAGUUUGACCAAAGGUUUUCGGGGUCGAGGAAUCCAUUGUCACCAUUAGUUUUUCGAAAUUUUUUUUACAUGACUUUUUUUUGCUAAAAAAGGCCUUUUUUGAGAAAAAAGUGAUUUUUCAUAAAGUUUGACCAAAGAUUUUUGGGGUCGAAGAAUCGAUUGGCAUCAUUAGUUUUUCGAAAUUUUUUUCAGAUGACUUUUUUUUGCUAAAAAGGGCCUUUUUUGAGAAAAAAAUGAUUUUUCAUAAAGUUUGACCAAAGGUUUUUGGGAUCGAGGAAUCGAUUGGCAUCUACUUGCAUGUACUGUUUUCAAUAUCCAGCCCACAUCCAAUCAGCUAUUCUUGCCGUCCUACUUUUAUACUUGGUGCUGUCAGCUAGUAGCUGUGAGUGGCGUUCCAUUGAAUGGCCAACAAACGGCUAAUCAGUGGUUCGCGAGUUUCAAGGAUGGUUGUUGCAGAGGAGAUUCGUAGGAAAUCGCGCAUGUAUUUCGAGAAAAGUUGAUUAAGGUUUCAUCAUUCGGAAAAUUCUAUAUAAAGCGGAUUUUUAGAAAGAUCGCGAAAUUGAAGUUCUAACGAAUAGUUCACAACAAACCCUGAUCAUCG